ACUCCAGCGCUCGACGUCCUCUGACCCUCUCCAGGAUCCAGAGGGUGGACGCACGCUACUUCGAACGAAGCUUCGAUGUGUAGCAUAUUCUUGGGUUAUGUUGGUUGCUCUAACAACGACUGUGUCGCAGUCCUUGGCAUUCACAUCGAGGUGGCGAGGUUCGUGCGCAAGGUGGCGAACACUUUGCCGAUGAAGGAGAUGGCUGUCAAGGAGGUCGACCCUAACUUGAGGUUCAGACUGACGAGCAAUGAGGUAUGUUCUGUUGAAAAUGCAGGCCGCCAUCAUGGGCUACAUCGUCGAAAGGAGGCAAACGCGCGAGCGUUCGCAGUCUAUUCGGCGGGUAUUUAUCUACACUACGAAUGUCUCAGGUACGAACAUGGGCGCAAUCUAAGAUAAAUACAAGUAAACAACGUGCGCACGAGGCGCCAGCGAACACGAGCUCGAAACGUGAUCCAAAAGUCUAACAUGUUCAUCUGUUUGUGCGCGAAAGAUGAAGGUGGUGCUGACGAGAUAGUUGUAGAUUAGGUGAAGAAGACGUCCAGGAAUACUUGGCGUGCGUCCUACAAGCCUACAUUUGUUUUGACA